AUGUAUAGAGCAUUAGGGAACAGUGCAAAUAAUUCUAAAUGUGACGCCACUAUAAUAAUGGACAGUAAUUGGUGGAUCUAUAAGUAUUUCAAUACAUAUAAGGGUGAUAUUCUGAAAGCCUACUGUUACGCAUUGAACAUGGGGAAAAGUGAGGAGCACUACCACAAUCGCUGCGAGUUUUUAUAUUAUUGGAUAAUUGAUAAAAUAAAGGAGCACUUGGGAAAUGAUUAUAGUCUAAAUGCCACCGCGUUAGUUUCUAGUGUACUGAAGAACCUGGGGCAUGGAUGGGAGUGCACUAAUAUAUACCCCAAUAUUAGCAGAAACCUCUUUGAAUAUGGAAAAAAAGUAUUCGAUUUCUCGGUGGAUCAUGAAACUAUAAAAGGGCAAUUAGAAAAAAGUAGCGGUAAAUGUAGUGGGGAAUAUUACAAAUACCUGAAAGCAGUUAAGACGGCUUAUCAGGGAAUACAGAGUAUUUACAACUAUAGUAAGGAGCCGUAUUGUGCCCAUCUUAUAGGGGAGUACAAACGUUAUUUUGAUGAGGACGGGGACUUAGAAUUAGAAUAUGGAGAAGCAACUGAACUGGAACGUGUAUCAGUUAAGAAAGAAGAAGACAAGGAAGAAGCUCAGGAUAAGGACGAUGAGAAUGAGGAAGAGGAAGGUGAUACAGUGUCCACUGCACUUACGAUAGUAGGAGUAGGACUUCCCGCAAUCCUAUUCUUCCUAUAUAAGCAUACCCCCAUAUUUUCUAGAAUACGAAACCACUUUGGAAACAACAGCGUAGGCAGAAGAAUAAAAUCAAUAGAACGUAGAUACAAUAUGGAAAGGGAAAAUUCUACGGAAGGUUCUUCCAUAUUGGGCUCAACAAUAGAAUAUUCAAAUUCUGAUUUAGCGGAAAGUGUUACCGAUCAUUUUACAGUAUAUUCUGUCCCUUAUAUUAGAUAA